AUGACUGAGCAAUACGCACAACGCUUGCCCAACCCAUACAGCAAUUGGUCUGCCGAGGAUCCAGCACAUCCCACUUUCGUAGUGCAUGGCACCGACGACACUCCUGGCCGCAAAGCGUACUUCAUCUAUCUAGAAGCUGCCCCAGACCACGAAGAGGAUGUACGGUCCUUCAUGCGCGACAUCAACACCGGAGUGGACAAGGAGCCUGGUACGGGCCCGUGGUUUGGGACGCGCUACUCCAAAACAAGCUUCGCCAUUUUCGAGGCCUUCCCAGACGCAAAGAGACGUCACGAUCACGAUGAGGGCCCGGGCGGAACGAACUUUGCCCGCAUCGAAGAGCUGAGAAAGUGGUUGGCUCAACCAGCACAAAUUUACAGGUUAGAUGUCAUGUUCGGGAAGUUUGGAACUAUGUUUGGAGAAGAGAUGGAAGCCAUUGCGAAGUGA